ACUCAGUAUGGCUCCGAACGCCGGCAAGCAUAUAUACUAUGACCGAGUCAAACAUCUUUCAGUUUAAGAAAUUCACACGUGCGAACGGUGUCCAAAUAAAUGUCAAAUCCAUUACUCUGCUGUGGUAAGGGUCACUUGGCCCUGGAUGACUCGGAGAAAGAGACUUUAAAACCAAAUAAAAAAUCGGCUAACAAAAUGGAACCCGUUGUUAACGGUAAUCACAUUCCCGCGGUUUGUCCCUUCAGCGGUAAUAGUGGUGAAAGUGUGAAUGAAAAGAAAAAUUUGCGUGUGAAGUUGAACCAGCCAAUGAAGUUGCGAAACUAUUUGGACAGCUCAUUGCAGACAUUAGAUACGCUGCACACCAGGGAAAAUGAUAUCGCUUUGAUUGAGUCCCGCUGCACCCGUGUCGUGUGCUCUGGCAGCAUCAUCGACAUCCCGCGUCCGGACGCCGUGCGCACCCCUGGCGAGAUAUACUGCGACGCCGAAAAAUUCUUCAACGAAUACUACGCGUCAAUACGCAGAGAAAAUUCGGAUGCGCACAGAGCUAGGCUGCAGGAAGUGAAGGCGCAGUUGGAAAAAAAGGGCACGUACGAUUUGAAGAGCCCUGAACUAGUGUACGCGACUAAGCUAGCGUGGCGAAACGCGACGCGAUGUAUUGGCCGGAUACAGUGGAAGAAAUUGCAGGUGUUCGAUUGUAGAGAAGUAACGACCGCAAAAGGAAUGUUCGAGGCGCUUUGUACUCAUAUAAAAUACGCGACGAAUAAAGGAAACAUUCGUUCGGCAAUCACCAUUUUCCCCCAACGCACAGACGGCAACCAUGACUACAGGAUAUGGAACCCACAGCUCAUCAACUACGCGGGCUACGUGCAAGAAGACGGAUCAGUCUUAGGCGACCCUGGCAGAGUCGAAUUUACAAACAUCUGCAUAAAGCUGGGAUGGAAGCCGCCGUACACGAUGUGGGACAUUUUGCCGCUGGUCCUGCAGGCCGACGGCAAAGAGCCAGAGUUCUUCGAUUUACCCCGGGAUAUUGUAUUGGAGGUUCACAUGGAACAUCCUGAAUUGGACUGGUUCAAAGAGCUCGGCCUGCGAUGGUACGCGCUGCCUGCCGUCGCCAACAUGAGACUUGACUGCGGCGGCAUCGAGUUCACCGCCACCGCAUUCAACGGCUGGUACAUGGGCACCGAGAUCGGCUGCCGCAACUUCUGCGACGCUAGCCGCUAUAAUAUAUUGGAAAAAGUAGCGCUGAAAAUGGGCCUCGAGACUACUUCGGCGGUAUCCCUUUGGAAGGAUCAGGCGGUGGUGGAGAUCAACAAAGCCGUGUUGCACAGUUUCCUCAGGGACACCGUUUCCAUCGUGGACCACCACUCUGCCUCCGAACAGUUUAUGAAGCAUUUGGAAAACGAAAACAAGGCUAGGGGAGGCUGCCCAGCUGACUGGGUCUGGAUUGUUCCUCCGCUUUCAUCGUCCCUAACACAAGUUUUUCACCAAGAAAUGGCUAAUUAUUACAUGAAACCGUCUUAUGAGUAUCAAACUGAUGCUUGGAAAAAAUACAACUGGGAAAAAUCAGGAGAAAAGUCACAUCGUAAAUUCCACUUCAAGCAAAUAGCACGAGCCGUCAAGUUCACGUCCAAGCUAUUCACCACGGCCCUGUCCCGUCGCGUCAAGGUCACAAUCCUCUAUGCCACGGAGACAGGCAAAUCUGAACAAUAUGCCAAAGAAUUAGGAACUAUGUUUGGACACGCUUUUAAUGCUCAGGUUUUCGCGAUGGAUGAGUAUGACAUGUUCUCUAUUGAACAUGAAACGCUGAUUUUGAUCGUGACCUCAACAUUUGGCAAUGGAGAGCCUCCUGCAAACGGCCAGGAUUUUAUAGAUCAUCUUUUCCAAAUACAAAAUAUGGAAAAUGAACUACAUGUAGAUGGUUCUCAAAGCGCUCCCAGCCCAGGUUUCAGAACACCAACACCAAAAUCUUUAAUGAGGACCAACAGCGUCAUGUCACCUCCACCAACAUCCAAAAAACCUCUUUCGCGCGUGGAAUCCAAUAGGAGUACAACCGGAGAAUCAUCGAUCGAACACCUUGGUCCGUUGAGUAAUGUCAGCUUCGCAGUGUUUGGUCUGGGAUCCAGCGCUUAUCCCAAGUUUGCGAACUUUGCCAAAACUGUCGACAAAGUUUUGGGAGAACUGGGAGGUGAAAGGAUCUUGGACAUUGCCACUGGUGAUGAAAUGCUUGCACAAGAACAGGAAUUUCGUGCUUGGUCUUCUAAAAUCUUCCAGAUUGCUGCCGAAACAUUCUGCGUAGAAGAAAAUAUGCUAAUGGAUGCUAGAAACGCAAUCUCUAAACUGCCGCUUACGGAAGAAACCGUCAGAUUCGGCAAACCGUCUGCAACUGUAUCUAUGAAAGAGGCCCUUGAGAGUGCCUAUAAGAGACAAAUCAUUCCUAGUUUGGUCAAAAAAGUCAAACGUCUAGGCGAUCACACUGAAGACCGGGAAACCAUAUUUGUUGAUAUGCAACCAAGAGAUGAAGUCAAAUAUGACCCAGGAGAUCAUCUGGGAGUUAUGCCGUGCAACCGUGAAGAAAUUGUAAACUCGGUGUUGAAAAGACUAAAAGAGACAGACUUCGACGUCCCUGUACAACUACAAGUUAUGAAGGAAACACUUACACCUCUUGGUUCAUCAAAGACGUGGGAGAAACAUGAUCGCAUAAUACCCGCAGUGUCUAUCCGAGAUCUGUUUACUCGUUUCCUAGACAUAACAACUCCACCUUCAACGACUGUUUUGAAGUACUUAGCCAAAGCUUGUACUGACGAAAAAGACUCGUCUAAGAUAAAUGAACUAAUUUUGGACUCCGAUAAAUAUGACGAAUGGAAGCAUUUCCACGUCCCCCAUCUAGGAGAAGUUUUGGAAGAAUUACCAUCGUGCAAGCCUCAGGGUUCACUUCUAGCAGCGCUUCUCCCAGCCUUACAACCAAGAUUCUAUUCUAUUUCUUCAUCGCCGCUGGCGCACCCGAAACGUAUACAUCUCACUGUAGCAAUCGUAUUUUACAAAGUUCGAAAUGGUUCUGGUCCAGUCCAUUAUGGAGUUUGCUCAAAUUAUUUAAAGAAUCUCAUAGAAAAUAAAGACGAAAUCUUCGUUUUUACAAGACGUGCACCAACCUUCCACUUGCCAAAGAGUUUGUCGGUACCCCUCAUCUUGAUUGGGCCCGGUUCUGGUGUCGCCCCACUGAGAGGAUUCUGGCAUCACAGAAAAUACCAAAUAAAAGAACUAAGUAAGAAGGAGAAGAUUGGACAAGUUUGGUUAUUCUUCGGAUGUCGAACUAAGGGAAUGGAUAUAUACAGAGUCGAAAAAGAACAAGCUCUUAGAGAAGGGACUCUUAACAAAGUCUUCUUAGCCCUUUCAAGAGAAAAAAAAGAGGACAAGAAAUACGUCCAAGACCACUUAAGAGAGGAGGGCAAAGCUAUAACCAGAAUGCUCAUGGAGGAGGGCGGACACUUAUACGUGUGCGGAGACUGCAAGAUGGCAGAAGAGGUACAACAGACGCUGAAACAGAUACUGCAACAGCACACUAACUUCACGGAGCUCGAGGCGGAGCAUUUCAUAAUGAACUUAAUGGACGAUAACCGAUAUCAUGAAGACAUAUUUGGCAUCGUUUUACGCACGGCUGAGGUGAAGAAUGCCUCCAGAGAAACCGCUCGUAGAACCCGACUGGAAUCGGCACAAUCUCAAUGUUAAAAACAAUUACAAUUUAGUUAAUUUACCUUUUAACUAACACGCCGCAUAUUUUAUGUUGUGGUAAGGGAACAAAUUAUGGGGAAUCAAAGUUUAUAUAUAGUUUACAAACUGAUUCAGAGAAAUGCUAUAGUUAAAAUGAAUUUAGGUAUAGAACUAGAAGCGGGAUUAGUACUACAGCCUUUCUCUUACCUACUGAGUAAGAGGUAUUUAACGGAAUAAAUAGGAUAGAUUACAUAUAUCGACUAGCGUCACUUCAGUUUCCACUAUGGUAACAGGAUGGCACAAGAUGGCAAGUUAUUCCAGCCACAACAAAAUUCAGUGAUGGACCAAUAAAAUAGUUUCUAUGUAAUUAUUAAGUUUUAGAUUAAGUCUUACAUUUGAUUGUUGGAAUUAAUU